AGGCGACUUCCGUAGUACUGAGGACCCUCGUGACUGUAGCCGCAGCCCCAUGGAGCGAGCCGUCGCCCCCUCCGCGGUUCUCCAUGGCAACCGCCACCUGUACGCCCCACACCACCACAUGCCCAGCCUCGCCGUGGACCAGCCUCUUGCCCUGACCAAAAACAACAUGGAUGCCGCCCGUACCUUUGUCAUCUCACCAACCGUCAGCCCCGUGGAACGCCAGCAGAAUCGUCCGUCAGUGAUAACGUGCGCCCCGGCCAACAGCCGGAACUGUAAUCUGUCUCACAACGGCUGUUCCAACAACUACAAUAGACCAGCCUGCAACUCCAACCCUGCGUGUGUUGACCCGGUGAUCGAGGAGCAUUUCCGUCGCAGCCUGGGGAGGAACUACAAGCAGCCGGAACCCGUCACUAACUCUGUGUCCAUCACCGGUUCUGUGGACGACCACUUCACCAAGGCCUUAGGAGAGACCUGGCUGCAGAUCAAAGCCAAAGGAAGCUCCUCCUCCUCCUCCCCUGACUCGUCUCCCAACAGUCACAUGGUCAACCACAGCCACUCUCCAUCCAUUGUGUCCUGAAGGGAGGGGCUUAGAUUCAACGAGUCAGAGCUUAAACCCGCCCCCCCUGCCCGUCCAUUACUCACUGUAACACCACGGGGCUGGUUGAACCGCCGUGCUGGAGAGCUACUGUCCAGGCUGUAGUCAUUUUGCUCCAACCCUGUUGUAACUAACACCUGAUCUGGAAGAAUCAGUCAUAUUCAUGAGGCUUGUUUUCAUUUUUUUUGCAAAAUAUUUAGUUAUAAUUAUAGCACUAACAAAUACGACCCAGGUGUGUUUCAGAGCAGGGCUGGAGGAAAACCCUGCGUGUCCAAUGUCUAUCCUUCCAGGAAGAGGGUUGGCCUUGUUCCCUGAUGUAAGAUGACCCUGCAUGAUUUAACCCCGCUGAGAGCUGUGCUGGUAGCUAGGGAUAGAGCCAUGUAUAUAACCACGGAUUACGGCAUUUAGUCAUAUAUAUAUAACCAUGGAGGAAGGGGAGCAUUGUCUUUUGUCUACGUUUGGACUUUUGUCAUUAAUUUAGUUUUGAAUUUACUUUUUCUGUUGAAGUAGAUUUGCGUACCUCUUUCUGUUUGUGUUAUUGGAMACGUGAGAUUUUGAAAAGCUCAGUGAGAAACGGUUUGUUUAUGUGUCCAAUGAGAUGUACGGAUUCACCAUGGAGACACAUCCCAACCAACCACAUGCCUUCGUUACCAAAGAGAACUCUGAUGCAAAUCUGUCACCUCUUUUUAAAAGAAAGAAAAAACAUUUUAUUUAUAUCUUUCUAUCUCUGCUCUGUAAAGUAUAGUUUGCUCCCUCACCUCUCCACCCCCCCUUUCCUCUCCUUUAAUUUCCCCUCCUCUACUUUACUCUCCCCUCGUUUCCCUAGUUUCCUCUCUCCUACUUUCCCCUGACCUUCUUUCCUCUGCCCUCGUUUCCUCUGCCCUCGUUUCCUCUACCCUCGUUUCCCCUCCCCUACUUUCCCCUCCUCUCGUUUCUUUGUCUCUCUCUGCUGCACUGUGGUGUGGUAGGUAGAUUAUGUCUCUCUGCUGCACUGUGGUGUGGUAGGUAGAUUAUGUCUCUCUGUGGCACUGUGGUGUGGUAGGUAGAUUAUGUCUCUCUGUGGCACUGUGGUGUGGUAGGUAGAUUAUGUCUCUCUGUGGCACUGUGGUGUGGUAGGUAGAUUAUGUCUCUCUGUGGCACUGUGGUGCGGUAGGUAGAUUAUAUCUCUCUGCUGCACUGUGGUGCGGUAGGUAGAUUAUGUCUCUGUGGCACUGUGGUGCGGUAGGUAGAUUAUGUCUCUGUGGCACUGUGGUGUGGUAGGUAGAUUAUGUCUCUCUGGUUUGAUUGGUCAAGUAAAAGUAGUGCUUACAGAAUAAAAUGCAGAUAUGUUUUUAAAUAGCUGGUAUCUAUUCAUGUUUAUUAGACAUUUCAAUCUUAAAACAAGAUACAUUGUUUUGUUGAAUCAUUAUUUUCAGUAAUAAUAACAACAGUUGUAGAUACUGCUGGUCCAGUCAGACUGUUAUUAUUUAGUAUUCUACAGUUAUAUUCUCUCUGGUAGUAACCAGCCAGCGACACAGAGGACAGCCUCCGGACAGGGCUUCUUUACUCUUCUAUAUGAUCAGUUGGAUUAUAAUCUAUAACGAUAAUAUGUUUCUGUAACGUUAAUGUCAUUGUUCUAUGGCGUUAUUAAUCAUCCCUGGAUGCUAUAGCGGGUUUUUUUUCGCAUGUGACUGAAAACGUAAUAACGCAACAAAACCGGCCGGCGAGAUCGACCCAGAGUCGACCUUAUGAUAACCUUUUUCUGGCGACUAGUUUUUGUUAUUUUUUAUUUUUUUUCAUGUUGUUGUUGUUUCUACUGAUGUGAUGUGUAGCGGUGUGUAGCGGUAGGUAUCUUAUGAGCACAAGACGUUGAAAAUAUAAGUCUUUCAACCAAUUUUGCUCAGUGGGUAGAUUUUUGCUCAGUGGGUGGAUUUUUGCUCAGUGGGUGGAUUUUUGCUCAGUGGGUGGAUUUUUCCUCAGUGGGUGGAUUUUUGCUCUGUGGGUAGAUUUUGCUCUGUGGGUAGAUUUUGCUCAGUGGGUAGAUUUUUGCUCAGUGGGUAGAUUUUUGCUCAGUGGGUGGAUUUUUGCUCAGUGGGGUUGGAAUUUUUGCUCCGUGGGUAGAUUUUUGCUCCGUGGGUAGAUUUUUGCUCCGUGGGUAGAUUUUUGCUCCGUGGGUAGAUUUUUGCUCCGUGGGUCGAUUUUUGCUCCGUGGGUAGAUUUUUGCUCAGUGGGUGGAUUUUUGCUCCGUGGGUGGAUUUUUGCUCAGUGGGUGGAUUUUUGCUCCGUGGGUAGAUGGGCAGCUUGUGAAACUGACUGGUUUUAAAUAACUCCUUCUUUACCAACCUGUACCAAGGCAGCAGACAUUCCUUCCUAUAGGGAAACUAGUAUAGGUGUUCUCACUAUCAGUACAGCUACUAACUUAGUAACAGGUGGUGAUUUAGUGUUGCAACAUUCCGGAAACUUUCCGGAAAAUUCCUUGAUUUUCCUGGGAAAUCCUGGUUGGAAAAUCCAUGAAUCCUCCAAGCAACCAGAAUUUGUAGAACAUCUGAGAAUUUUUGGGGAUGUAACCGUAAGAUGCAAACCUAGUGGUGAAGGUGACAGAACGUGGUUUAAGCUCGAGGGUUGAUGAAGCACAGUCCAUCUUAACGCUUUAACACCCCUUUAUACAGCUCCUAUAUGCCCUUUACAUUCCUUCAUCCCAAAUCACAUCCAUUGUUCAUGUAACUACAUCCAAGGCUACACGUCCUAAUUGAAACCCUGUUCCCAAUGUAAAGCUUGACACCUCGUCUGGCCACAAUUAGUGCAUAGGGAUUAGGGAUGGCAUUAGGGACGGAGCCUUUAACUAUAUUCUCUCAGAGCCAGGAUCCAGCUGAACCUAAACCAUAUUCUCUCAGAGCCAGGAUCCAUCUGAACCUAAACCAUAUUCUCUCAGAGCCAGGAUCCAUCUGAACCUAAACCAUAUUCUCUCAGAGCCAGGAUCCAGCUGAACCUAAACCAUAUUCUCUCAGAACCAGGAUCCAUCUGGACCUAAACCAUAUUCUCUCAGAGCCAGGAUCCAUCUGAACCUAAACCAUAUUCUCUCAGAACCAGGAUCCAGCUGAACCUAAACCAUAUUCUCUCAGAACCAGGAUCCAUCUGAACCUAAACCAUAUUCUCUCAGAGCCAGGAUCCAUCUGAACCUAAACCAUAUUCUCUCAGAACCAAGAUCCAUCUGAACCUAAACCAUAUUCUCUCAGAACCAGGAUCCAUCUGAACCUAAACCAUAUUCUCUCAGAACCAGGAUCCAUCUGAACCUAAACCAUAUUCUCUCAGAACCAGCUGCUAGUCAGUUGAUGUUAUUAUUAUUGACUUUAAUCUGAGUUCAGAUUUAAACAAAAACAUACAACAAAAACUAAUGUAUAUUUCUUCAAAGAUGACUGGUUGAUUUUCGCUUUGUACUUUCUGUAAAUGUUAUGAGAGAACUCAAAGUGUUGAAAAUGUAAUUUAAAUGAAUUGUCAAUUAUAAUGAACAGAAAGGGAAGGGGCGUAGUGUCCCGAGGUCAUUUAUUAUAAAAACAUGUUACUACCGUAGCACUAGGUAGACGUAGGGUCGCACAUUUCCGGUGACCCGGGAAUUUUUUGGAAAGCUACCAGAAUUUUGCAACCCUAAUUUGGAGGCUCUCACUCGUUCUGCUUUGGCAACACAAUUCCCUACACGCUGUAGGAAAAUCACUUAAUAAAAACUACUUUUUAUAUAUAGGUAAUUAUGAGACCAUCAUUACGCUGUGCGUAACGAUUGUACAGAGAAAAUUGUAGGUAUUUUUUUGAGGAUCAAUUUGUUUAAUGACAUGUAGCUAUUUAAUUUUCCCAUUUUUUUUUUUUGUUUGUGUAAAAAAAAAAAAAAAAAAGUUGAUCUUUUUUUGGGGUUUCUAGAUUUGUUCUUUUAAAAGGUUAAAGUGCAGGAACACAGUAAUAAUCUAAACACUGCGUUGAUGAUAGCCACUCGUGUAUUAUAACCGUUAUAAUGCUGAAUCAAGGCUACUCAGCAGACACUCUACAAAUGUAUAUCCCAAAUGACAGCCUAUUGCCUUUAUAGUACACUACCAGAGGUCAAAAGUAGUGCACUAAAUAGGGAAUAGAGGAGGGGGGGAGGGGGGUCAUUCGGGACAAUGCUUUUUUAUUUUGUGACAACGGAACAAAAUAUCUUGUUUGUGAGAUCCAAACACUACUGUAUUAUGUUAUUGAAUGGUCCCAGGAAGACUGUGUGCUUCCAAAUCAACAAGUGUGUCCUAAAUGGCACCCUUUUCUCAAAGGUAGUGCACUAUACAGGGAAUAUACAGUUGAAGUCGGAAGUUUACA